CAUACCUGUGAGGAAGGAUGCCGCUUCCCCAAAACACAGCCCUGUUUUACAGAAGGCGCAGUGUUUACUAGAAGUCCUGGCGAGAAAGACAAAUGUAGGGUCGGGACCGUCAGACAUUUUGUCUUAGUGCGUACUAUUCUGUCAACUUCUGAAACAUGUGGAGGGAUUUUGAGCUAGACGCACUGUGCUAAGAUCAAGACCGCAUCACCGAGACUCCAAGAUGUAAUCUGGUGCCCGUGGAACUCAUUUCACUGGAAAAAGACACCGAUUUUCCUCAGAGGAGGGAGAGAAAAUCAUUCUGUCGUGUGGUGAGCAAUCUGUCGUCUGAUUGUGACGUAAUGUACUUUUCUGAACUUUUUUGAGCAAGGGACUGGAAACUGAACCGAUGUAAUCGUGCUAGAAAUUCAAGUUUCGGUCUUCGCCGUAAGCCACGGAAUUUCCUGUCUUUUAUGGGAUGAGAAGAGACAACAAAACCACCGUUCCGAGUGCUGACGUCAUUUCUAGGAUGUGAGCCUUUGUGGGGAGAAAGAAGCCUUUACCCUUCUAGGCCUAUGGAAAAACUUUGAUAGUCCAAGACAUCAAAAACAGACACAAGUAGUGAGAAACUGCAAAAUAUGUUGUUUCUCUGAGGGUAACCCUGAUUAUGACAUCACAGUUACCGUACAUGGUCCUUAUAGCCGCUGUCUUCUCAGGGAUGGCCACAACAAACGCUAACAAUGGCACAACUUCUGCACCUACGAACAUACCGUCGACGAUUUCCGGAGUGGCCACGACGCACUCGUCGAACACAUCGUCCACCAAUCCCGACUCGACUACAGUCACCCCAGCCGUCCCGCACAACUCGUCAAGCGUCGGCACCGUGGGUUGGUCAACUGCGAGUGACGUCAUGAACGUAACGUUUUCUGAGGCAACGCCUUCAAAUUCAUCCGAUCUUCACACUACGCAAACUACUGUAACAACAGCUCUCAAUGUGACAACAAAUUCAGGUUUACAGACAACCAAUGGCACGGCAACCGUAGGACAGACAACCACACAGACGAACGGAGCGACAUUGGCGUUGACCUCUACUAGAGCAGGGUCAUCUACGGUCGUGACUGAAACCCAGUUUGACAAUGUGACAUUGAACGUGUCGUCGACAACAACGCAGACGGGAAACCUUUCUACGAACUCUGUAUCAAGUGACACCACCAGUGCGACUGUACCAGUCGGUACCAAUGCGUCUUUGUCAAGUGCGCACGCGCAGGCUUCGAGCGUUUCUGUAAGCUCGACGGUGAUUGGUAGCCACGCCACGCCUGCGCAAUCGACUUUACAAAACCAGGUUGUAACGUUGACUUCAGACAAUAACGUGUCUUCGACACGACAUUCGACAGCAACAACGGACAUGGCGAAUGAGAAUACAACGACUACAAUGUCUACGGUUGGUACAACAGAUCAACAAAUGGUAAACAACACCACAACAACAAUCCUAGCGGGUACAACGAAAAAUACUACAGUUUCAGCAUCAACCCAUCAAGCAUCAACUACCGGAGCUGUAACUUCGCCGUCGGUUACAACGACAACAAAAGAAAUGACGUCAACAAAUUUUACGUUAUCACAUAGUACAACAGUGUCGCAAUACGUCACUGCUGUAACAGCGUUUGGCUCAACGAUUCGCAGUGCACCGACGACAACGGUGUUGAGCAGUACAUCACAGGAAAUGACGUCAUCAACAACAACCACAGCUAGAGCAAUCAGCACAACGGACGCUGUGGCGGCACCAACGGAAACGACGUUGAACGCUACGUCACAGGCAAUUACGUCAAUGUCUAUAACAACAGCUACGCCGAACAAAACAAAUGCUACUACGGCAACAACGCAUGACGUUGUGUCCACAAUUAUGAAUGGUACAUUUACACCGUCAGUUGUCCCAGCAACAAGUCCAGUUGUAGCAACAACCCAACAACCAAGUACAGCGGCGAAUACAACUGUACUGUCGCAACAGGGUACCACAAUGUUGCUUGGAACCUUACAACCGACCGAAAACACUACGAUAGAUAGCGUUUCAACAUCAACCACAAAUGUGACAACACUGCACACAACGAGUGAUAUUACAGCUGCUAGCUCUGCGGUUGCAACGUCAUCCGCGAACACCACUCAAGCAAACACCACGCCGGUUACAACUACUCAGCCAACUCCUUCGCAAGCGACGCCAACCAAAAGUACAGCCGCUGCAGCCACGAGUUCGCCAUUUGCAGCGAACACAACAACAGAGGUCGCAACGAUAGUUCCGAGUACACCGUCGUCUGUGCCAACGACGAAAAACACAACAACGCAAUUACUGCCCCUGACGACAACACGUCAUACAACGGCGCAAGGUAAUACAACAACUCAAAGUACCAUCACUAUUCCUACCACAACGACUCAAUCCAACGUUUUGAGCACCCCUGUUCCUACACCGCUGGUUCAAUCCACUCCUACUCCUAGCACGGUUGCAGCGAUGAGUACAACCAGAAGAAGUCCGUUGUCGCCUGAAAAUUCUUCUGUCGGUACAACUACAACCGUUCUCGGCACAACCCUUGUCACAAAUACCUCCCAAAGCAACGGAUAUACCAUUACACCAGCGCCAAGUACUUCAACAAAUAUCAUUGUAAACUCAUCUCUAAGCUUUGCUGUGUCAUCUACUGCGACCUUUUCAAAUACAACGCCUAUCGCCCAUACGUCUACAGCAUCUUCUAAUACAACGGUUCGUAGUACAUCGACCACCAGUGAGGACUAUACACUUUCGCGCACUGCACUUCAGACAAGCACGUCUAGAACUGUGACAGCGUCUAAUGCAACACUUUCUAGUAGUACUCCAGGCGUUGUAUCUACCAGCACGUUAGUGACAUCUUCAGUUAACGGCACAUCUACUGAUAUUGCGGUUUCGAGUUCUUCACCGACCGUAGGUGCUUCCUCAAAUGCUGUAUCUUCGAAUACAACGGCUCUUCUUACAACCACCGUCAGUAAUGAUGUAAGCACUUCUCGUAAUGUUACAACACCUUUAAACACAACGAUUUCGGGUUCUUCAACGACAGCGAGUAUAUCGCCUAGUGAGGUAUCUACAGAUACAAACGUUUCCAUUACCACAUCUUUUUCGAGUGUUACAUCGACUGUGUCAGCUCCCAGUACAACAAAAUCUACAACAAACUCGAUCGCAAAUGUGUCUCAGAGCGAGAAGCCAAAUAACGUGACUGUUUCGAGCAGUACAACUGUUACGAGCGUUGCACCAAGUGUCACACCAAGUACGACUGACACAACUACAACAUCGAUUACACCCUCACCUCCAAAUGGUACAACCACUUAUCUAGCAGUUUCAACCACCUCAUCAAGUGGCACAACGAUCAAUCCCGCGACAACCACUGUAACAAACGCCUCUUUUAGUGUACAAACAACAAGUGCGGCAGUUUCGACAAGUACGCUUGUACAGAGUGUCUCUUCAAAUACAUCUUCGUUGGGUACAGCUUUCUCUGCCCCAACGCCAGAGGCAAAUGUUUCGACAAGCGUGCAGUCAACUACUCCUACGCCAAAGGUACCAUCUUCUUCCAUGUCAACAGUUUUUAAUGAGACAUCUUCUCCAAGCGGACGGUCCAGUACAAACGUCUUCCAAAGUGUCACAUCCCCUACUUCAACGAUUCCAAGUACAACAUUACCAUUAAGCAUAUCACCAAAUCUGACAUCCUCUACAACCACAGUUUCCAAUGCAACAACGGCUGCCAACGUGUCCACAAGUGUGGCACCAACCACUCCGAUGGUUCUUAGUGUUACAACGGCUACUCCAACGGCGUCACCUUCCAAUACAACCAUUUCUGACACAACGUCGAGCGCAAAUGUCUCAUCGAGUGAGACGACUACUUAUCAGACAACAUCUAAACGUGCAACAAUAUCAUCUUCUAGUGUUACAGCAUCAACUAUGAAUAGUGAGGUGUCAACGAACCCAAACGUUACAACGACGACCCUACUUUCUGUUACAACGCCAACAGUUAACGUGUCACUAACUGAUGUAUCAACGGAAUCCAUAGCUUUCAGUACCACGUCGGUAACACCCACCUCUCUAAGUGUGUCGUCCAACGCCACAACAUUGCACGGUGCAACGUCAACAACCAGCGAACCUUCAAGUGAUGGAUACGCGAAUCUUACUCCUACGACAUAUUCCGGUUCACCUGCUUCGAAUACAUCUACGGUUUCAAGCGUCCCUUCAAAUACAACGGCUUCAUAUACCAUUCCAUCCAGUACAAGUGUAGCUCCAAAUGUUUCAACGAGUACCGUGUCGUUAGAUGUAAUAACAUCAAGUACAACGCUUCCUACAAGUGUUUCAACAAGUACUGGACUGUCAGGUGUAACAACGUCAGGUACAAUGCUUUCUGCAGAUGUUUCACUGAGCACGGGGUCUGUUAACGCAACUCAGUUCAGUUCAACAGUUGUUACAACAUCCACCAACCGAACCACUCAACUGUACGUUACAACGAAUGCAACGUUAACACCAGCCAGUACAACAGACCAAGGGGAUACAACAAAUACAACGUCGUUCAGUGCCACAAAUACAACCGUAGCCAUGGAGGCUACUAGUGAAGCGGCGUCGGCAAUACCGUCUACAAACGAAACAACUUCGGUAUCAGACUCUACUACUGCAAGCACAAACAUAUCAAUAUCUACCGGAGCAAAUACAACCAUUAUGUACGCAUCAAGCUCACCUCAAAGAUCAUCAUUAGGACCAACCACCACAGCGCCCUCUACAACAGCCAAGUCAACUACAAGGAGUGAAACGACGAAAAGAACAACGGCAGGUCCGGUAGGUCCUCAGGUAACAUCAACAGCGUCGACCAGUCUACCCGACCAAUCGCAUUCAAGCUCACCGCCUUCCGGUCAGUCAACGGCUUCGUCAAAGUCAAGUCCAUUUAUCCCUUUGACCACAAGAUCCAUCUCCUCACCACCAACAAGUUCCUCAGCACCUUUCCCCUCUUCCUCAUCUGCACCAACCACUACAGCGCUUAGAACAACUGUCGUAUCACCGACGGCGCUACGUGUUACUGUUACAACACCUACACCUAUUCAAACAAGCCUUCAGACUAGUACAGCGGUGCAGUCUACAAAGACCAGUACAACGCCAACAACCCAAACAACAUUCACACCAUCAACUACAACAACAACAACCACGAUUGCUUCGACUUUACAACCUACAACGACGUCCAAGCCAACAACAACACCGUUGUCGACAACAACGACGAAACUUACUACAACCAAACCAACAACGACUACACCGACUACUGAGGCUAGCACGACUACAAAAAGGACGACAACCCAGUCAAGACAGACGACAACCCAGCCCACCACAAAACCGGUGACGACAACCACAAGAAGAGCAACGACAACGUAUUUGACUACGUUGACGUUGAGGCUUACGUCAAGCAGAGCGUCACCAAACAGCUACAGCGUCACUGCGUCAUCCGUGACGUCGUUCCCUAGCAACGAAUCGUCUUCGGAAACGACGUCUGGUGGGUUCUCUGGGGGAAGGGGUUCGACGCUGGGGUCGGGGACUAACUCACCGAUAGCCGGGAAAACCACAAGUCGCGCAUCGUCGGACACACCGGUUGGUGAGAACCCGGAGCCCGACACGAUCACCCUGGCGGUGUGGGUGAUAGCGGGCACGCUGGUCGGGCUGUUCUUCCUGGCGUUCGCCGGAUGUGCCUUCUUCUUCCUCUACAUCCGGCCGAGAAGCCGAGUGGCGCACGGAGAGACCAACCCGCGCGCGACGGAAAGCCCUGCUCCUCAGGCUACUACAACAUUCCAGAGACAAGUCUACUCUCACACGGUGCAGUGGGAGACUUGGGCCACGUCGACGUCCACGGAAGAGGCCAAUGCCGUGGCGGGGGUGUCCACCCGGCGAGAGUACUGGGAGAUGCGAUCUCUCAAGUCACUGGAGUCACUGGAAAGCGACAGCAUUCUCCUUGUGUGAUCCAUGCACAUGCGCCGGAGUAACUUCAAAUCUUUGAUCUCCGGAGCACACAUAGUACACAGAGUAAGAGCACUCAGUGACUUGCUCGCAAUGUGUGACUGUCUGUAAUCAAUGUGUCACGGCAAGAAGCGACAGCAUUCUCCUUGUGUGAUCCAUUCUCCGGAGUAAAUUCAUAUGUAUAAGCUCCGGAGCAUAUGUCGGAGCAAUGAGUACAUUCAUCCAGAAUAAUGACACUUGCUCACAAUGUGUGGCUAUCUGUAAUCAUUGUGUCACUGCAAGGAGCGAUUGCAUUCUCGAUGUGUGAGCCAUGAACUUUCUCCGGAGUGUAACUCCAUAUCAACUUCAUCCGGAGUACUUGAAGGGAAGUGCGCGCAUACAAGGGGACAGUUGCUGCGGAGUGAUACUUCUGCACCGGACUAAUCACCGGAAAUGUAAAUCACAAACA